AUGGCCCAGCUGCUUGCCCCUUACAACAACUCCAUGCGCCUUGGGCAGGGGUUUAAUUCAUACAUUCAGCAGAUUUGUCUCGAUAAUGCCGUGCUUGAAGACACAGAAGAAAAUAGGGCACGCUUGGACGACAUAUUACAUAGUUCCGGUCAUUUCAGCCCUCCCAGAGCGCCAAAGAGAGGCUCAGCUGAUUCAGCUGUGGCCUGGACGGAGCCGAACUAUGGUGUCGCUAUCGACAGUUCCAGCGACCACGAUGUUGAGGACGCAGAGGUAAAAAUCAUUGAACAAACCCAGGCGAAAGAUGAAAAGUGCAUGGGAAGCAAGGAAAAAUCAACUCGUUCCCCUGAAUCUCGGCGAUGGGGGAAAUCCCAGAUUGUUACAUACAACUCACGAUUUGUUGAUAAGCUUAGCGACGUUACGGAGGCUAUGAACAUAUCUGGAUCUUUGUCUAUCAAAACAGGAAUCAUAGGAGGCCAGGCGAAUGGUUCCUAUGUCGAUAGUGACAAAUUCAAGUCCAGCGACAUCAACGUCCACGUCCAAGUGAAGGUCACCAAUCAGACGGAAGAUGCCAGCAAGCGGUUCACAAUCUUUAACAAGAUUAAACCUUUAGAGAACAAGGACUUUGCUAAGAUAUAUGGGGAUACUUUCAUCUCUGGGUGGGAAGAAGGCGGGGAAUUUAAUGCGAUCAUCUCUAUGAAAGUCGCCGAUAAAUCAAAGAUCGCUGAUAUCAAGGCGGAGAUCGACGCACAUAUAACACUUCCAUCUGCAAUAAAGCCCAAAGUUUCGGCCAGUUCUGGAAAAGACAAGAGCAACAUUGCAAAGUAUACUGAAACGACAUUCGCUGUCAGUUGGUCAGGUGGUGGAAUUAUAAAGGACAGGGGCGAGGAAUGGAGCAUCCCAACUGUCAUUAAAACAGCAGCAGCAUUUCCAGACCUUGUCGCCGAAACACCGCAGCGCACAUAUGCCAUUUUGACGAAGUACUCUGCCCUCGAAAGCUAUCAUUCGCAAAUGGGGCAUCAUCGGCCGCUGAGCUAUGAGAAUGCAGGAAUCUAUACUAAUGCACUGCUCGACCAUUAUAUGGAUUACAAGGUCCUCUGGAAGCAAAUUUCACAGGCGAUUUACGAGCUGGAGGCAGGGCGUGCUACCAUUGAGAAAGCUCGGCCAUCAGAGGACUUAUUUAAACAUACAGAUAUUAAAAACCAGCUGACACAGACCGACGUGGAACUUCUAAUCGGCCGUAAACCCGUCAUGGAUAGCAACGCUCAUACUAGUGCAGAGCUGCAGCCCAAUGGAGAGCCAAGAACCGACGCUGUGGCUUUGACAGCUCAUGAUCUCGCAGUUACGGUACAAACUUACUCGGGAAAUCUGGCAGGCGGCAUUACUACAUACGAAAUUUUCAAUGCCUCCUUUGCCGGACUAAUUGAGGCCCGUAAGGUCUGUCGCUUCGAAAUGGCCAAACUUGUCACGGAGGUCGACCUCAUCGCCAGAUACCCAAAACUGGCUGCCAACUCUGGGAGGGACCAGCUGUUUCUCAAUCCUGUGGUAUUCAAGCAGCUGCUUCCGAUUGUUCGCGUGGCGUCUGAAUGCUCGGUUGCCUGUCAGAGCGACCCUAGCGCAGCUCUUCUCUUGGGAUAUAGCCCGCCUAGCGAGCCGGAACGGCAAGCAGUACCGGUGUACAAACUUGAAGAGUCUUUUGGGGCACACGAUGUGAAGAUUCAGGAAAGAUUGCACAAAGUUAGGCAUAAGUCAAACAAUUAUCGUGUUCAGGGCUUUGCGGGGGAAAUCACGAAUGUUCGCCCGCUUGCAGUACCAAAGAACGACCUAAAUUCUCUUGAGUCUUUGGACCGUCCUACCAAGUUGGAGGUAUGGUACGUCUCUGGCAUCGUUCAGGGAAUUCAGGUGGCAUAUUCCAGCAACAAAGACCUCAAGCACGGUGUGUGUGACGGCCCAUCCUCGCACAUCAUAAACCUUGACAGUACAGGUUCCGAGGCCAUUUAUGAAGUCGUGAUCGAAACAGCAGUCGACGAGAUGGGAAUCCCUGCAAUCACUCAAUUCAGCGUUGCAACAACACGUUACAAAGUGCUUGAUACAGCGCGGGAGCCUAACUCUCAGCCGCCUUAUCCCGAGGCAGGUGAGGAUGGAACCUACUCAUCUGGGGGAAGAGGAACUACUUCAGGGCAAGCAAAAGACAGCAGGAAAGGCGAGAAUAUUAAUACUGGAGCGACUAUGACACCUAAGCCUCGCCGAUUGUCUAACCCAAGGACAUUCAAAUGGUCGCGGCCGGACCACAACCACCACUGGAACUUAUGA